AUGCAUUCCAUUAGGAAUGGACCAGGCGCUGCACUAGCUGAAGGUGAUACUCUCGGCCUUGCGUUCCCAGGUUCAGAUAUGGCGUAUGCAUACACAGGCACGGGUGGCCUUUCGGUGUCUACGUCUCAUCGUGAAUAUAAACCAACCUCUGUGAAAGGACGGAGGAUUCCCCAUUGUUAUGUCUACUCUACACUUCAAGACUCGGUGUUCAAGUUCUCAACAGUAGAUCUACCAUCUUUUGUACAGCCAUCUAUUUACUUCUGCUGGAUGGUUUUUUCCCCCCAAAUGGGUGUCAAAUUACAUGAACUACUGUCUGAAUUAGACCCACAAAAUGAGAGCCUGUCAUAUAUCUGUGUGUGGAAAGUUGGUCACACCGUUGCCCCUGAAAGCGCCGUCAUCGAAAUCAACGAUCAGCCUUUUGUGAUGACAAGUUCGGAAAUCAAUAGAAUUGGGGUGGACAUUGAAAUGACGGAGCCGAGUCGAAAUUGUGAUAGACACGACACACUGGAUGAUUCAAUGCACUUCGUGUUCCCAACCUUGAAUAAUACUGCCUACAUGCAACAGCUGAUCGGUAAUAUGGCCCAGAGAAUGAAACCAACGAGGAAGGUACUUACAAAACAUAUAUUCAGUUCGACACCGACUUUGGAGGCGUUCACAAGGUCCCUUCUAACGAGGCAGUUUGACCUCAGCGAUUCCGUACUGCUGCUAAGGCCUGACGCGCAUAUACAUGACUUCUGGCCAACAACGCAAGAUAUAGAUAUCAAAAUAAAAUCUUAUUUGAACCAGUUUAAUUCUAGCUAA